AUGGAUCGUUGGAUAAACAAAGUCGCAGUUGUAACUGGAGCCAGUUCAGGUAUUGGUGUAGCCACAUGUAAGGCCCUUGUCGAGCAAGGUAUGAUUGUUGUGGGCCUAGCCAGACGACUCGAUAAAAUUACAACCCAAAUAAGACCACUACUUGAAGAGCGUCAUCAAAAGAAUUUCCAUGCCUAUAAAUGUGAUGUUAGCAAUGAGGACAGCGUCAAGGCAACUUUUUCAUGGAUAAUUGAAAAAUUUGGUGGCAUCGAUGUUCUAAUAAAUAAUGCUGGUAUGUUGGUCUAUAAUACCUAUUUAAUUUCACCCGACAAUUCGGAAGCAAUACGUUCCACGGUGAAUACAAAUAUUUUGGGUGUUGUUUGGUGUACCCGGGAAGCAUAUCGUAAUAUGACGGAACGUAAAUUCGAUGGUCAUAUUAUUAAUAUUAAUAGUAUUGUGGGACAUACAUUGGCAGACUCAUCGGGUUUGAAUAUUUACCCAUCUACUAAAUAUGCCAUUACGGCAAUGACGGAGGUUUUGCGUCAGGAAUUGCAAACGCAUAAUUCGAAAAUAAAAGUUUCGAGCAUCAGUCCCGGUGAAGUGAAGACAAAACUUUUUGGUCAAAAUUAUGAAUAUCCAGCUGAUAUGCCUUUGCUGGCCCCGGAAGAUAUUGCCAGUGCAAUUGUCUACUGCAUACAGACUCCGUCGCAUGUUCAAGUCCAUGAAAUGAUAGUUAAGCCACUUGGAGAGAAGAUUUAA